AUGGCCAGGUUGACUGCCUUUGUCAUGAGGUCCUUUGGUCUUGCGAGGCAGUUUAUCUUCAUAGAUCCAAAUGUCCUGCAGACUGCAAAGGAUUGGUUGAUCCGCACGCAGGGUUCAGAUGGCUGUUUCGUUCAGCAGGGAACUCUGUACCAUAGUGAAAUGAAGGGUGGAGUUGGUGACGGUGUGACCAUGACUGCCUACAUUGUUGCAUCACUGCUUGAACUAGGUGUCCCUGCCACGGAUCCUGUAAUUGCCAACGGUCUGUCAUGCUUGAGGCCUGUCAUUGGGAACCUGGGAAACACUUAUGCCACAGCUCUGCUGACCUACACCUUCAGUCUGGCUGGAGAGACCACCACUCGAUCACAGCUUCUAACUGCCUUAGACAGCCUUGCUAUUUCUGAAGGCACUAAGCUCCAUUGGUCUCAGACGACAUCUGGUGAUACUCUGGCGGUGGAGAUCAGCUCUUACGUGCUGCUAGCAGUUCUAGCUGUUCAGCCUCUCACAACGGCUAAUCUGGGCUAUGCUAACCGCAUUGUCAACUGGCUCGUGACCCAGCAGAAUCCCUAUGGAGGCUUCUCCUCCACCCAGGACACAGUGGUGGCUCUUCAUGCCCUGUCUGUGUACGCUGCUCAAGUGUUCAGCUUGGACGGGUCCAGCUCUGUUACCGUACAGUCCUCAGGAGGAGACUCUUACAGCUUCAAAGUGAAUCGGGACAACAGGCUGCUGUAUCAGGAGAAGCCGCUGAAGAACGUUCCUGGAAAAUUUAGUGUUAAAGUGUCAGGAUCCACCUGUGUGUCUUUACAGGUUGCGUGUUUCUACAACAUCCCAACACCCGUUAAAGUCUCCAAGACGCUGCGUGUCGAAGCGAAGGUGACUGGAGACUGCCAAGCGCGUGGAACCAAUCUCAUGUUGAGGUUCACUGUGAAGUGAGUAGCAUUGUGUCCU